AUGGCGGCUGGGGGCAACUUGGGCUGGGUUGUUGAUCGCCACACCAUUCGUGUUCGAUUAUCGAUCAUCUGUGGGGUUCUUUCCGGCCAACUCCAAGCGGUCGGUAUCCUACAUCAUGUAGAAGGUCUUUCGGACUCUCAAUUCAUUUUGCAAGUUGAAUUUCAAUACAGUGUUACCACCCUGGCUACAUGCCUCGUCCUGCUGGGGAUGUCGGAAGGCAUUCCUUUUGCCCGCGCCGAGUUGCGCGUUUUGCGUUUCGAUCAGGUUGUUGAAUCUUAA